UUGUCUGUCAGUAUUUUGUAUCUCCCGGUUUUUCGUUGUUUUUCAACGCUAAAUCGUUGUCUUUGACAAUGACAGCUCGUGGUUGGAAUCACCAAUCACAGUGGGAGCAGAUGAACGAAGAAUACAACAGCACCAUGUAUGAUGCCCAGUAUGCUGAUGAAGAUGUUAACGGAGCUGUAGAACUGGAUCACUGUAGGUUGUACAUAACAAAUAUACCAAAAAUGCUGAGCACCGAUGGUCUCCGCAUGGCAUUCUCCAAGUAUGGCACUCUAGUCGAGGUGUACCUCAGCAAGGAUCCACAGAAGAAGUAUGGUCUAGUCAAAUUUGAGACACCAGGGGAAGCGAAGUUGGCCAUGACAAAACUGAACAGAACUGAACCAUUGAAAUUAAAUGUAUUCAUAGCACAUAAGCCCAAAAAGACUGGAAGGGAUCAACCGAGAGAGAGGCAUGAUCGCGAGGGUCCGUCUACGAGGACCAGCAUCAGGGAUGACACCAGUAGCAUCGACAGCAGACCUAGAAAUAUGAGAAAACAAAUGGAGUUGGCAAAUGGUGAUGACUUGGACGAUGAUGUGCUUGCUGCCGAGGAAUUUGAUGUGGACAUACUGGACCCAGAGACACAUCUGGAACUGGAACAGAUCAAGUUGAAACAGCUGGAGCUGCAGGAGAAGCAGGUGCGCUGCAAACAGAGGAUGCUACUCAUUAAGCAGUCGAAGAAAGCUGCUAAUAUGAAUACGUCGUCAAACCGGUGCAUUUUGCCGGACGGAAGGAUUGUUGUACGCAAUGUCAAUGAUAGGAAUUUGGAGCCUCGUGACGCAGACACCAGUUACAGCGCGGGCGCGGGAGAUUCUAACGAGAGAAAUACGAUCUGCUCCCGCAGAGCCAAGAAUACGUGGGAUGAAACUUCUGAAGGCACUUCUACCCCUUCCACUUGCGUCUUCUGCUCUGAAGACAGCAAACAGAAGGAUACAGAUAAGUCUAGCAAAUAUACAGAAUUGAGUAAAAAGUCCUGUUACUCCAAGAUUACUGACAGUAAAACCACUGUUAAUAGUAUUAAAACAAACGAACAUAGUAAAAAAUCGAAUAGUAAAUUCACCGAUAUUAUUACUAGAAGAUCUGUUAACAGGAAACUAGACACUGACAAAGGUAGGAAAAGCGAAAUUAGCUGCGGGGACUUCUACAGUGAUAGUGAAGACAAUAUAGACGAGACCAACAGAUUAAUACAACUGAGGAAUUCUGAUUAUAUGGACAUUGUAGAAGAUAAUCUUAAAAUUGUUAUAGCGUUAGCCGGUUACCCUAAGUCUAAAAUGCGAUUGCGUCAAAUGAAACAAUUCCAAAAGUGCAUAACAGAUGUAAUAGAUAUGCAAUUAAAAGCUGGUUUACUUAAAAAGGUGCCUACAUUCUUAGAUUAUUACUUAAACCGAGGUGCUAUAAUCUGUAUUUGCAAGGAUAUUGAGACUAGAAAUUGGAUGGUGCGAGUGAACCCUGGUCUGCAAGAACGUAUGUCCAAUAAUUUGAUUUUGCUAAAAACUAAAGUAAAGAGGUUGUGUUUAGCAGUGCUGAAGAUUCCGAGAUCUUGUUGGCCGGCUACAGCUCAAGAUACGUUUAAACUGUUACAGUACUUCAACCCCGCCUUAAAAACGGACAUGUGGAAGAUUUAUUCACAAAAGUUUGUAGAUAACAUUGAAAUAACGUCGUUUGUGAUAGACAGGGUUUCAGGCGAAAUUAUUCGCGGUCCCAAUUUUAAAAAUGUUAUCGACUAUGAUCACAUGGAUUUUGAAAUGACUGGAUACGCAGAAAUUUACUACGAGUGUUUAUUGUCCGAUUCUGAUGAAGAUUUAUCUAGCGUAGCGUCGAGAGUUAAACUCUUAGAAGAAUUCAAAUCUGAAGAAACGACACCAAAAGUUUUAUCUGAAGUUAGUGUUACAGUACAAAAGUACGACGAUAGAGAGGAAGCAGAUGAUAAUGAAAAUGAACCGGAAGAUUCUGAUACAGAAGUUGAGGUAGUUGAGAUUGAAGUAGACAAACCAGCUAUUAAGAAACAACUUGAAAGUUCAUUACAGGAGGAUAUAUUAAAGGAUGUGAAAUAUAUAAGUGAAAAGGAUGAAGUGAUUAUUUGGUCUGAUGAAACUAAUAAUUACAAUAGCGACCAAGAAACAGAAAAAAACGAUAAAAACAAUGAAGAUAUUCAGGAAGCAAAUGAAGUUUCCACUUCAGCUCUUGAGGUAUCAGAUAAAACUGAUUCCGUUUAUGAAAGCAAUGAUAAUUUAUUUGACAAAAACAGUAAUUUGAAUAUAGACAGUAAUCGAGGAAUGGCAUAUCACAGACGCACAAAUUAUUUACACGUAGACAAUGAGUUAAAAGUCGCUAUGACUUUAGAAGGAUACCCGCAGAAUAAAUUAGAAGGUACACACAUUAGAAGAUUAAAACAUUUAUUUAAAGAAUAUAUGCAUAAAGACAUGAAACAGUUAAGAUUUGCAAAUUUAAUAAUUCCAAAGUUUCAAGAUGUAUAUUUAUCGAACGGAGCAGUGAUAUAUAUUUGUGAUAGUUUAGAAACUAAAGAUUAUUUAUCAGAAAUUCUGCCAAAAUUCGUCAACUCCACCGGGUUGAAGCUUACGUUCAGGGAUAUGAAAAGUUUAGUUAGAUACACGAGGAUUGUUAUGCGUAUACCUAAAGAAAAGGCUCACAUAGAAUCCUUGGAGAUUCUUCUGAAACUACAAACCUUAUAUCCAGCGUUGAAACCAGAUUGUUGGAAAUACUACUCGGAUGUUGUUGGAAAGCAAAAGCGUCAAUUCGGCGUCGAUCCGGAAUCUUUAGAAGUCAUCAAAAGACCUGAUUUUGAGCCAAUCUUCGAGGGCCAUAAAAUAACUUUCAGAAUAAUCGAUAGACAAAAGAGAGAUACUAGUUUUGAUGAAUCAAUUAAAGACGAUUUCGAUACUGAUAAUCAAAGACAAGAGUUAUUGAGAAAAAUGUACAUCCCUAUAGAUCCGGAUAUUACAAACGCUCCUCUAUCACGUAUAAGAACUAAUCACUACUCGGAUGUAAUUGCGGACGACCUAAAGCUUUACAUAGGCCCUUCAAAUUACCCAGAAUCGAGAAUUGAUGAAGUACAAUUCUAUACCAUAAAGAAAAAUCUUGAAAACAUUGUUUUAAACUUAGAAUUUGAUUCGGACAUUCCGAAACUUCAUGAUAUGUAUUUAUUUGACGGCGUCAUAUUCAUUAUAUGUCAUGAUAUGCAAUCAAGGCAAUGGUUGGAGCAGUCUUUAGAUGCUUUGAAUACAAAACUUCGUACUAAUUUGAAGUCCACAGAAUUUCGCGGUGCUGUUGGCAUUAUAAGUAUGGUUGUUAAGACAAAGAUGAAUACUGAUGAAGUGAUAGAAAUACUGCAAAAGCAAAACCCUAGAUUACGCACGAAAUUUUGGAGAACCAUCAGUACUGUACACACAAAAACAAAGCUUGAUGUGGUCUUACAGAUCGACAAGCUUUCCGCUCAAGUUAUCACUAGUUCAAAUUUCAAUAAAUAUAUAGGAUCUAACAUUGUGCAAUUCAAGCUAGGUCAUUUACAGUCUUUGAUAAAAUCUAAGGUUUGCCUUGAAGAGUCGGCUAAAGUCUAUGUCAAAACACCUACCGUACCUGAGAAAGAAGUAUUAGAAUCUCAACAAGAAAGCGCUGACGAAUCUAAACAUGAUUUCCAAUCUCGUUCAGAAUUAAAAAUAGAUAGAACAGAUAGUCAGUGCAUAGAUGAUAAAGCAGUAAAUAUCAAAAUCAUAGACAAUUGUAAAAAAGCCUACUCACCCACAGAUAAGUCGGAAUUAGAUCCUGUAAUUAUAGAGAUGGAUUCGCCAAGAAGUCUGGAACUUCCGGAAGAUAUUGGCAACCGUAAAAUCAAUCUAAAAAUACCAAUGAAUAUUUUGCCUGACGAGGAAGAGGAUUUGAACGUAAUAUUCAAUUUACUUGAAGAUAAAAAUCCUGGUUUGAACACGGAACUGUGGGAGGUGUAUUCAGAAUGCCCUUAUCCAAAUAAUGGAAAAUUCACUGUUAUUGUAGACAGACAAUCUUUUUCUGUAAUACAACAGAAAUCAUUUGAUUCUACAAUCGGAGGAGAGAAGUUAAGAUUCUUAUUCUAAACUAAAAAUCAUGUACUUGACAUAGU